AUGGCCGAUAAAAAGAUCGCCAAACGGCCGGGCUCACUGACCACGGACGAAACCACCGAACAGAUUGCACAAGCUAUUUACGAUUUGGAAAGCAAUGUAGCGGAAUUGAAGAAGGACCUAAAGAUUUUUCAAAUCACCAGUGCCAAAGAGGUUUGUCAUUGCUUAUUUUGUCAACCAGAAUCGUGCAAUGCAAUGCAAAGUAUCCCUGGAGCAAUCAAUUCUCUUGCUAACAAUAAUUUGCAACACUUCAUCAAGUGCGAAGUAGUCGGGGGUAAAAAGGCUAUUGUGAUUUCUGUGCCGGUUCCCCUAUUAAAGCAAUAUCAGCAUAACAAUAAUAAGAUCCUGCAGAGACUUACUCGCGAGUUGGAGAAAAAAUUUUCCGACCGGCAUAUCGUUUUUAUUGCAGAUCGUCGUAUCUUGCGUAAACCUGGUCGAAGGUCUCGUAUCAAGCAACCCCGUCCUCGAUCGCGUACACUCACCCAUGUUCAUGAAAAGUAUCUUGAAGACUUGGUAUACCCUACCGAAAUUGUGGGUAAAAGGACGCGUGUCAAAGUGGAUGGUAGCAAGAUCAUUAAAGUCUUCCUUGAUAGUAAGGACGCCACAUCCCUGGAAUACAAACUCGAUACUUUUAAAUCUGUUUACAAAUAUCUCACUGGAAAGGAUGUCGAGUUUCAAUUCCCUGCUCAUCAGCUAGAAUAA